AUGUACUUUUGCUUAUCAAGAGCCACUACUCGAAUUGGGAGGUCCUCUUUUCCAUGUCAACACCUAGUAUCCAUGUCGUUUCAUGCUUUCUCAGGUUGGAGGGACGGUUUAAAUAAUUAUUUGCCUGUAUCGUAGCCCAUCCUCUACGCGAGUGGAAGAUACGAAGCUUAGUAGGUUGCUCAAACAAUCAGUGGUAACUGCACCGAACUUUGUGGUCAUCGGUAACGCAACUCUUCCACAUGCACAUUGGGUCCAUGCAACGGACACGAGAGGUAAUCUAGAGCGAGACCUGGUAGAAUGGGUGCAUAAGAAUGUUUAUGUCCAGCAUGUUAACUUCCCAAUGGGGAAGCGGGUUGGUUGUAUACCUUCAACACUGGACGUUGUGAUAACCAGAUGUGAUCACUUGUCAGAGAUACACACUGAGGCUCUCAUCGGUAAGAGUGACCACUCUGUGAUUACUGUCUCGUUAACUUCAAAAAGUUCUUUGACAAAACGCCGACUUGUGAGGUACCUGGGCCGCAUUGACGCCACUCAGUUACGAGAUCAACCCCUGCAGAUAGACGGGUUUCAUGAACCAGAACAGGUCACCUUACCGCACCGUUGGAGCUUGAUUAAAAAUGGGCUGGUCCAGUUGUUGGAUGGGUUUGCUCCGUUGAGGCCGAAAAGACAUGGUGCCAAGUCGUGUUGGCUGCGCCGGGGAACAAAUAGAUUGAGCGAUUAAGCGGCGGAACAAUUCUUGGAAGAACUUUCAGGCAGUUGGAGGGUUUAGACACUGGAGGCAUUACAAAAGAUGCAGGAAUUUAGCAGUCAAAUUGCAAAGGAAAGCAAACUAUUGAUUUGAGCUUCGAUUAGCUCAGCAUGUGAAAACG